UGAGAUUCGAGCCCACGGCUGAGGGCCAGCAUGCCGGAGAUCGUGCACCUCCAGGUCGGCCAGUGUGGCAACCAGAUAGGAGCCAAGUUCUGGGAGGUGAUCGGGGAGGAGCACGGGGAGGACUACCUGGGGAGCGGCCACGGGGCCUCGGCGCUGCAGCUGGAGAGGAUCAGCGCGCACUACAACGAGGCCUACGGUAGGGCAGUGCGUGCCCGCGCCCUGCUGGUGGACCUGGGGCCGGGGACCAUGGACGCGGAGCUGGCGGGCGCGGCGGGGGAGGCGGUGCGGCGCGAGGCCCAGUGCCUGCAGGGCGUGCAGCUGGCGCGCGCCUCGACCACGCGGCGCGCCCUGCGCCUGCGCGCGCCCGGCCACGCCCACCUCCACCGCCGGGUGCGCGCCGUGGGCGGCGUCACCACGCCGCUGCGCUUCCCGGGCCCGCUCAACGCCGACCUGCGCAAGCCGGCCGUCCACACGGUGCGCUUCCCGCGCCUGCACUUCUCCGCGCCCGGCCCGGCCCCCUCGGUGGCCGAGCUCACGCGCCAGCUGUUCGACGGCAGCCACGCCAUGGCGGCCUGCGACUUCCGGGGCCACCGGUCCACGUGCGACGUCCCGCCGCGGGGCCUCGGCCGGGCCGCCGCCUUCCUCGGCAGCACCGCCGCCACCCGCCAGCCCUUCGCCCGCCUCCUCGAGCGCUUCUCCGCCCUGCUCGUCCGGCGGCGCGCCUUCCUGCCCUGGCACACCGGCGAGGGCACGGACCCGGCCGAGUGCGAGGAGGCCGGGAGCCAGGUGCAGGACCUGGUGUCCGAGUACCAGCAGUUCCAGGAGGCCGGGGCCCCGGAGGAGGAGGGCGGGGAGGAGCGCGAGCCCCCAGCCCGGGGGGAGGAGCAGGAGCCGGCCUGCGACCUCCUGCACAAACACAUCCUGCUUUCCUGGGCUCGCCAGGCCUUCGGCAAAGCCAAGGGGCAGAGGAGUCCACGGGGCAGCCGCCCCUGGGAAACUGUACGCCUGGAGUACAUCUCCACACCCUCACUGGGAAAGGAAAGGAGCAAAGAAAACCCGCAGUUCUGUCCGGAUUCGCCCUCUUGUAACCAAAAAACCAAACUAAAAGCACUCCCAUCCUCUCGGAUUUGUAUUUCCAUUAAGUAG